AUGGCGUAUAUAUAUUCCAACCUGUCGGAUUUCUGGACCAGCGAUGAUGAAGAUGAUGAGGAGGUAGAUGGGACGGAGGAGGACGCGCCAAGUAGUGGGGCCAAUGCAGUGAACAUAGGAAACGCUACAGGAGGGGUGGGAAAGUACGACCAAAUGGUAGACGAAGGGGUAAAGAAAUUGAGCGAUCCUCCAUUAGAUCAGAACCACGAAUUGUACAAUUAUGCCCUUGAAGAUUACGAUGAAAACGCCUUCGAAAAGCGAGAAAAUGUGGAGAUUAACGAUACAUAUUACACAGGCAACAGCCCCUUCGCAAAUGUGAUGGACAGUGGACUGAACUUUAACAUAAACGAAAUUAUGAGCGGACUCACCAAUAAUGUAGUAGACAAUUUUUCCAUCAAAAGCAUGAUAGAAAAGUAUGACAUUAGUAACUUUAUUUAUAAUGAUACUUUGUUAAAAUAUUGCGAAGCGGGAGUAGCCAUAAAUGACGAUUCCGCAUGUAAUGAGAAGCUUUCCUUGAAUGAAAAUUUCCACUUCAGUUGCUUUGGCCCUGUGGAUUAUGUCACUCCGCCAAAGGGUAAUGUGAAGGGGGACGCCGAGGGGGGCGUUACCACAAGGGAGUUUCCAACGAAGGAUGCCCCCACGGACAGCGCAGUGGAGAACAUAAUUGACGAACCCCUUGAGCCAGAUUUUGAGGGAGAUAUAACAGGACAGGGGGGGGAGUUACACAAAAGCGGAGAUGCCACGAUGGAAGGCGUCGUGCCAGGACAGACCGACGAUAAAGUUGACGAUAAAGUUGGCGAUAAAGUUGACGAUAAAGUUGGCGAUAAAGUUGACGAUAAAGACGAUGAUAAAGCAGACGAUAGAGCGAACGUAAAGUACAUAAGGAAAAAGUGGGUGAUAGAGGACAACCACUCGGAUGUCACAGACUUCAACCAAAACGAUCUUCUCUUAAGUUACGAUUUCGAAUUAGACGAUUUUCAAAAGAGGUCCAUAAAACACCUGAACAAUUUUAAGCAUGUCUUUGUAGCAGCGCACACAUCAGCAGGGAAGACCCUAAUAGCAGAGCACGCGAUUGCCAUGUCAAUUAAGUUAAACAAAAAGGCAAUAUACACGAGCCCCAUAAAGGCAUUAAGUAAUCAAAAAUAUCAUGAGUUUAAAAAUAUUUUCAAGAGUGUAGGAAUAAUAACAGGAGAUAUAAAAAUGAAUGUAAAUGCCAACUGCCUAAUUAUGACAACAGAAAUUUUGAGAAACUUACUCUAUAUAAACGAUAAUAUAAUUAAUAAUAUACACUGCGUGAUUUUUGAUGAAGUACAUUAUGUGAAUGAUAAUGAAAGGGGAUUCAUAUGGGAGGAGUCCAUCAUUAUGUUACCGCCUCAUGUUCAGAUAUUACUACUCAGUGCUACGGUGCCAAAUUAUCUUGAGUUUGCUGAUUGGGUAGGAUUUACGAAGAAGAAGGAAAUUGUAUCCAUCUCAACGAAGAAGAGACCCGUACCGCUACUGCACUAUAUUUAUGCGUACGAUUCGAUCUUCCAAAUUAUGGACGAAAACAACAAAAUUUACUCCUCUGCGUUUAAGGAGAUAUACACAAAAGUUAGGGAGAAGGAGCAGGCCAGUGGCGGUCAUGGUGGUCAUCAUGGUGGUCAUCAUGGUGGUCAUCAUGGAGGGCAGAGCAAACAGGCACCAAGCGCGAAGUGGAGCGGCCACGACGGGAAGAAUAAGCAGCCAUCAGGAGGGGGUCCAGGAAGUACUCCUACAAAUAAUAACCCACCAAUUGCCUAUAACGAAUACUGUAAACAGAAAAGGAGACAAAAGCUUUUUGCAAAUGAAGCAAAUAUGAAAACAGAAAUACAAAAACUCCAAGCACUUAUAAAAAAAUUAGAACAGGACAACAAACUCCCAGUGGUCCUUUUCUGCUUCUCAAGAAUAAAAUGCGAAACAUAUGCUAAGAGUAUGCCCCAUUUAAAUUUCUUGGACAACAAACACAAAUCGAAGGUACAUUUGUUCAUUAAGGAAUCCAUAGCAAAGUUAUGCACACAAGAUAGAGAACUCAAUCAAAUAAAAAUAUUAAGCAAGUUACUAGAAAAAGGGAUUGGAAUACAUCACAGUGGGUUACUACCUAUAUUGAAAGAAAUUGUGGAAAUCCUUUUUUCCAAAGGGUUAAUUAAAAUAUUGUUUGCGACUGAAACCUUUGCCAUGGGAAUUAACAUGCCUGCCAAAUCUGUUGUUUUUACUUCUAUUUAUAAGCAUGAUCAAUUGAAGAAACGAAUUUUAACUUCAUCGGAGUACACACAGAUGUCUGGUAGAGCGGGCAGAAGAUCCUCCGACAAGUAUGGCUAUGUGUACAUCUAUUGUCCCGAUAAAAUUCCAGACCAGGUUCAGCUAACCGAAAUGCUCAUGCAAAAAGCAGUUAGCCUGAAAAGCAAAUUUAAGGUCACUUACAAUAUGAUUUUAAAAUUGCUCAUCAAUAAACAAAUCAAUAUAGAGAAAAUGCUCUUCAGUUCAUUUUUGGAAAGUUGUAGAGCUGUUCAAAUUCCUCUCUUUAAGAAAGACUUGAAGAGAAAAAAGAAAUUGUUGCAGAGUAUAAAACAAGUGCAGUGCAUCUAUGCAAAUGAUGUAAAGUACGUGUCGCCAAUUGAGAACUACGUACAGAUUGACUGCAAGUUAAAACAUAUCGGAUUGAGCUUACACAGAAAACUGUUCAGCACUAAGAGUAGCAACUGCUUCGUUAUCGGGAGAGUCAUGAUGCUAAACAAUAUCGCCACUCUGCACAGUUCCAUCUAUGGUGUUUACCUCGGCUGUGACAAGAGUAGCAACAAGAAAAAGGAGAAGGUGGACUUUGCUCCGAAUAGCAUUUUUUUUCAGAGUCAUUCCGGAGCAGAGGAAGAGUCCAAUGAGAGGUUCUUUUUCCUGUUCAUCUUACCCGACUUCAUGACCUACGAGGAGUUUCUGCAGAAAAUGGGGGGAGAAGUUCCAGGGGAGAGUAACACAAAUGGGGUGAAGCAGCCCACACAAAUGAACCGUACAUCGGUGAUGCAGCGCAACAGAUUUCCCCACGAAAAUAUUAACAUAUUCGAAAAUUAUAAGAACCUCUUUUCCAAACAAAGCACCCCCACAGGGGUUCAAAUAAUUCACCACAAUUCAUUCGACACAGAUAUGCACAAGAAGCAUUUCGUGGUUUGCUCCAACGUACCCCUCGAUCACAUCUCUAUCAUAACGAACACAGUUAUCGUUUUGCCAAAUGUGAAGACGACAGCCAUUUUGAAUAAUCCCAGCAAUAUGUUGCUGUACAGUCUCGAACUCGAUAGGCUUAUAGAAAAGGGAAAUUUUGAACCAUUCGUUCUAACCAAAAUGCUAAAGUCGCUAAAGUGUGAGUUCUACUCAGUACUGAUAAAACAAGCAGAUUAUUUGGAGGCCUUAAAAAAAUCCCAAUGCUACUCAUGUAACAUGAAAGAAAAGCACUACGAAAUUGUGUGCAAAAGAAAUAAGUGCAUUAACGACAUUGAAAAUAUUGAACAAAACAUCAAUGCCAAGUCUCUCAAUUUGUAUGAAGACUUGGAGGGAAGGUUGGAUGUCUUGAGGCAUUUCUCCUUCAUUGACGAGGAUCACAAUUUAACAGUUAAGGGUAAAAUAGCUAGCUAUAUUACCAUGACAGAUGAAAUUACUCUCACACAGGUUAUCUUCGAAAAUGUUUUGAAUAACUUGAACCCACCCGAAAUAGCAGCAGUCUUGUCAUGCUUUGUUGCUCCAGAAAAAAAAAUAGAAGAAUCACCAGACCUUACUGUUAAUCUGCAGGAUGUUAAAAUGGCCUUGACAAAUAUUCAUAGCCAAUUUGAGGAAUUCUACAAAAUUAUUCGCUUGAAAAUUAGUUCUGAAGAUCACUGGAAAUUGUGCAGCUUUAAGAUUAUGUUCAUUGCGUACAAGUGGGCUCUGGGUGUCUCCUUUGCUGAAUUGUUGGAGCAGUGCGAACUUGAGGAAGGACUUAUAGUGAGGUCGAUUUUGCGCUUGGACGACCUUUGCAGGAAAGUCAAAAUCGCCUUCCUCUACCUUGGGAAUGUGGACUUGGCGGAGCGACUGGAAACCACCUGCACUCUCCUCCGCCGAGACAUCAUUUUUAUGACCUCUCUUUAUUUGCAGUGA